AUGUAAAAAAGUGAUUUAAACGAAUUUACAAAAUAUUAAGGUUUGUCAACUUAUAAACCAAAAACUUAGGUUAGAAUAAUAGAGAUGCGUAAUCCUCUCUAAUACUAUUAAUAAAAUAAGAUAGAGACAUAGAAUUGGGAUGAAUCAUUAUUAUAAACAAAAUAGCCAAUAAAUAAAGAAUUGGAUCGAAUAAAUAAUCUGGUUGAAACACUGAUUAUUGGAAGAGAUAAUUAGAAAAAGGAGGAAAUAUAAAUAUUGGAGUUGAAUUAAUCUAAGAUUAGAGAGGUUAAUGAGUAAGUGUAGGAAGAUUUGGAAAUAUUGGAGUAGAGAAACAAUUAGAAAAUUUAAGAGUUAGCAAAUAUAAAGAAUGAAUUAUUAAAUAUAUAAUGUGAAUAUAUGAACAGACAAUAGUUAAGAUUGGAAUUUAAUGAGCAUUAAUAGAAUAAGGAAGAGAAGAUUAAGGUUAAGGAGGAGGAGAUAUUGAAAGCAAUAAAAAUUUUAUAGAAUUGA